AUGGCGAGUGACCUAGCGGAUGGACCAAGGUGGUAUGCAAUCGAGUCCAGAGAUGGACUAGGGUUGGCUUACCUGAACGAGUUCAUAUCUGCUAGGGCCCUCAAGCAGAAAUGUUUGCGCUGCUACAACGGUGUUACCUUGAGGCUUGAUGCUAGUACCUAUGAUGCCAUGUUUCCUGAAGCAGUACCAAUUCAGAUCUCGGCAAGGCUUGAGCUUCCUUCUGGCUUCACUCCUCUGAGACAGACCUCUUUUACCAGGACGUGUUAUCCCGUGGGAGGUGACGAAGGUGACGGAGGUGAGGGAGGGUGGCUUGUGCUUGAUCUCCCCCUCCCUUCAAGAUUCGGCCAAGAAGAGCUUCCUUACGUGAGAAGCUUUCUUGCGUUUCCUGCUAGGUCCCAUGGGUUCUCGCGAGUCAUCUCGCUCGAGAUUGGGCUGAUCUACAAAAAAGAUUCCCAAACCCAGUCCGAUCCCAAUUACGAUGGUACAAACUUUUGGUCAUCGCUUUGGUUUUGGACACUUUCUCGUGAGUGUCAACGUCGUAGCCUUCAUUUCUCAGCAGGGACUGACAAAGCGGUGGUGGAGUAAAGCGGUGGUGGAGUAGUAGAAGAAGACAACUAAAGACCUAUACUACUCCAUAUUUUAUGUUUAUCCCCAGGCUCUCUCUCUAUCUACUAUUUAGAACUGCUACAUAAGUUUCUUGCACUUCACACUCUCUUUUUCUAUUAUUAUAUAAAAAAAUCUUCAUCAAGUGAUGAUGAUAAACAGAUGGCUUUACAUUUGAUUCCACUAGUAAAUAAAUC